UAAUGCAUAGUGAAGAACAGUGAAAAAAAUAGAAAAUGUCAAUUUUUUUAAAGUAAAACUUUCCAUUUUCAAAUCGAGAAUCAAGAAAAUUAAAGGUACAUGAUAAAGAUCAAAGCUUUAUUAUUUAUUGUUUCAUUUUAGUUGAGCUAAAGAAUCAAGAAUCAUUUUUUAGUUAACCCCAAUUACAAAAACUUCAAUUGAAAAUCAAAAUCAUACACAAAAACCUUGAGAUUCUUGCAAAAAAGUUUCCAUUUUUGCCCAUUUUGUCUCUCUUCUAGUAGCCAUGUUUGGAGAGAAAGAUCAUGGUGGAGAGGGAGAGAGCUCAAGAAAUGAAGAGAGCCCAGAUGAGAAUUUAGGUUUAUCUCAAAAGGGUAUUCAUUUUUUUAGGGAUUCAAAUAUGGGUUUUGAUGGGUUUGUUUCCAAACCUCAAGAACUCACUCUUAGUUACCUUUGUGAAAAUCCUAAAUUCAAGGGUAAAGAGGUAAUCUUUCCAGAGAAUUCAGUUGAAAAUGGUGAUGCUGGUAAGUGGGUUGAGAGAGAUUUCAUGAAUUUGAGUGAAACCAAGUCUAAUAAUUCCUCUUCAAAGAGGGGAAUUCAUGAGCAUGAAGAUGAAGAAGAUGGUGAUUAUUGUUCUAGAGAGAAGAAGCCAAAAAUUGAGAGUAUUUUGAAUCUUUCUUUAGCUUUGCCUGAUGUUUCUUUAUCUUUAACUGCUUCAAAUGCAUUACCAAAUGGUGUUGAUCAUCAUGUUAUUAAGCCAAAACCUAGUAGGAGUGUUCAAUCUUUAGGUGCAGCACCUUCACACAACAAUAACCACACACAGACUACUUGUUCUAAUGAUUUCACUGCUGCUUCACUUUCUUACUCUUACUCUCACCCGUUUUCGCAUAAUCCGAGUUGCUCUAUGACUCGUAAUUCGACUGAGAAUUAUGAGUACUCUGUUGGUAGAGAUGAUCAAAUUUGGUGUGGGGGUGAAGGGACUAAUGGAUCUGUUCAUAGUAGGUUUAGGCCUAUUGGGGAUGGUCUUGUUGCUUUGAACAAUAAUAAUAAUCAUGGUGGUGGUAAUGGAGGGCUUUCGAUGAUUUCGAAUCAUAGAGUAGCUAAUAAGGAUUCCUGUACUAAUAAUAGUCUUCAUAGGACUGCUAGUUCGGAAAAUCUUUCAUUUUUUCCGUCUGAAUUGCCUGCUAGGCCGCGUGUUGAUGCUUAUUCAGGUGGGGAUUCUAGGAGGAGGGAUUCGGAUAAUUUGAGAGGUUUGGAAGGUGUAGAUGCUGGAGGGAAGGCGAGAAAACUCUCUAGACCCGAGAGAAUUCUCCGUGAGAUUGUCUCGGAGUCUGUUCCUAUUAUUGCUCAGAUAAUUCAGGAAUUGGCUGAGGAAACAUUAGAAUCAACCAAGGAGUAUUUGAAGAAUCUUAUUGUUAUACCUGAAAAGAGAGAUGAAUUAGUAGGCCUUCAGAACCGGCUCGGAAGAAGAUCUGAUCUUACUAAGGAGACUCUCCUGAAAUGCCAAAAGGAUCAGUUAGAAAUUUUGGUUGCAGUGAAAAUGGGGCUGGCAAGUUAUAUAUCCGGGAAGUUUAAGUUCCCUACAAUUGAAUUGGUGGAGAUUUUCUUGUAUGUUAGGUGCAGGAAUAUGAAUUGCAAGAGCCUAUUGCCCGUUGAUGACUGUGACUGUAAAUUUUGCUCUGCGAAUAAGGGAUUUUGCAGCUCGUGUAUGUGUCCAGUUUGUAUGAAUUUUGACUGCGCUAACAAUACUUGCAGCUGGGUGGGUUGUGAUGUUUGUUCGCAUUGGUGUCAUGCUGCUUGCGGUAUUCAGAAAAAUCUUAUUAGACCUGGUCCCAGCUUGAAAGGGCCAAAAGGAACUUCCGAGAUGCAAUUUCACUGUAUUGGGUGUAACCAUGCUUCCGAAAUGUUUGGAUUCGUUAAGGAUGUGUUUAUAUGCUGUGCAAAGGAUUGGGGUCUAGAAACCUUGAUUAAGGAACUUGAUUGUGUGAAGAAGAUUUUCAAGGGAAGUGAGGAUGUCAAAGGCAAAGAGUUGCAACUUAAGGCUGAGGAGUUGCUUUCUAAGCUUGAAAGUAAAACUAUUUCGUCUUCCGAUGCCUGUAACAUCAUUAUUCAGUUCUUCAACUAUGCAGACAGUCUCUCGGAUUUUCCUGCUCCUGGUCUAUCUGCAAAAGAAAUGAUGCCGACUGAAACCAGUCUGAGAAAAGGCAUGGCCACCCUAUCACCGGCUACAUCUCUCCCUCCUAAGUAUGCCAUGUACAAUAUCAGCUCUGCUGGCGGGAGGCGUGAUUCAAUUUCCAACGAUCUCCAACGAAAUGACCUUAAAGCUGCACUCCUAGGCGACUUGAAAAUGGAGGAUGAGUUUCAAAUGGGGAAGCUCUCGAAAAAGGACAGUGGAGGACUCGACAGCCUGGAAAGCAUUGUGAGGAUUAAGGAAGCAGAAGCGAGAAUGUUCCAGAGCAAGGCGGACGAAGCAAGAAGAGAGGCAGAAGGGUACCGACGGAUGAUUCGGGGCAAAUCCGAGAAGUUGGAAGAAGAAUAUUCAGAAAAGCUAUCGAAACUGUGUUUACAAGAGACCGAAGAAAGACGAAGGAAAAAACUAGAAGAAUUGAAGGGUUUGGAACAUUCGCAUGGUGAUUAUUACAACAUGAAGCUGAGAAUGCAAGCUGAAAUUGCUGGUUUGUUGGAGAGAAUGGAGGCCACAAAGCAGCAAAGAGUGUAACUUGACUUAAUCAUAUACUAUUUUUUUCUUUUAUUUAUUUAUUUUUGUUGACAGAGGUGCUUGGAGUGUGUAAUUUGCUUACAUAUUUGUGAUUUGAGUUCAAAAAAGCUUGUAUCUGCAAAUGCAAAGAGGCAUAGUUUUUUGUUGUUGUAAGGUUGAGCACUUGGAUUCAUGAUCAGUUUUAGUGGAUUCUUCGUGUAUUUGCUCA